AUGGCGAAUGACGGGGGCAUCUCGCGAUCCGGCGCGAGUUCAGAGGAGCGCGCAGACAACGAGAAGCAGCUGUCUGUCCAGUUCAAGGCGCAACAUGCGAUUGUUGUAGCUUUCUUUCUACUCAUCCUUACUCUCAACGCCCUCGCCCUCUACCUCUUCUGCAGCGGCUUCCUCCUCUCCCGCCUUGUCCUCCCCAACCGCUCGCAAUGCGCCCUUCCCCCCGUCGAACUCCUCAACGGCCACACUCCUGGCUCCCAUGACCGCGGAUGCUGGCAUCCCAAGACCUUCGACAAAGCCGUCAUCAUCCUCGUCGACGCCCUGCGCUACGACUUCACGGUCCCUUUCCAACCCCAGCCAGGCGAUGAACAACCGCACCAUUUCCAUAACGCGCUGCCGGUGCUGUAUGAGACGGCUGUGCAGUCGCCGGGGAAUGCCUUUCUGCGGCCGUUCAUUGCGGAUCCGCCGACUACAACACUACAGCGAUUGAAGGGGUUGACGACGGGCUCAUUACCAACACUCAUAGACGCCGGCUCCAACUUCGCCGGCACGGCAAUAGACGAGGACAACCUGAUCGAGCAACUCUACCUCGCAGGCAAAAAAGUGGUUCACCUAGGCGACGACACAUGGCACUCCCUCUUCCCGGGCUACUUCGAGCCCAACCUCACGCGACCUUACGACUCCUUCAAUGUCUGGGACUUGCAUACGUUGGACAACGGGGUGAACGAGCACAUGUUCCCUCUACUGGAGCCUGAGAUGGCGGGGAGGUGGGAUGUGUUGAUCGGACAUUAUCUGGGGGUGGACCAUGCGGGACAUCGGUAUGGGCCUGAUCACCCUGCUAUGACGGAUAAGCUGCAGCAGAUGGAUAGGGUGUUCAGGAGUAUGAUCGAAAGGCUGGAUGACUCGACGUUGUUGGUCGUGAUGGGCGAUCAUGGGAUGGAUGCGAAAGGCGACCAUGGCGGGGAAUCGGAUGAUGAGGUCGAGGCGGCGCUGUGGAUGUACUCGAAGAAAGGCGUCUUUGGGCGCAGCGAUCCUGCGUUUGCGGAACCUCCUGCUACUGCGAAGGUGCGGCCGGUUGGGCAGAUCGAUCUGGUGCCGACGCUGGCUCUGCUGCUGGGGAUUCCGAUUCCGUUUAAUAAUCUUGGACAGCCGAUUGAGGAGGCGUUUAUUGGGAAGAAAGGAGCGGAUUACAAGAAUAUGGCGGAAGUGAGCCGUUUGACUGCGCAUCAAAUUCAUGGGUAUCAGGGCGAAUAUGCGAAGGCGCGGAAUCUGGAUGAGUCUGCUACUUCGUCUACACAGCAGCUAUGGCGAAUGGCCGGACAGACUUGGGACGAGGCCGUCCAGAGCAGAAACUCCGCGGACGGAGCGUGGAAGAAGGCCUAUCAGGUGUACAAAGCGUACGAGGAUGAGAAUCUAAGGCUUUGCAAGAACCUAUGGGCACGGUUUGAUCUGAACAGCAUGAUGAUGGGCAUCAUCGCGCUCGUGGGUACAUUUGCGGUGAUCGUCAUGUAUGCCCAAAGUAUACAAGGCGAUCGAGCAGGCCUCACGCCUGCGCUGCUGUUGCACGGUCUUGUCGGGAUGAGCUGCGGUGUGGUGGGCGCUAUGCUCGGUAAGGGUGGUGCUGGAAACACCAUGCAACUGGCGGCGUUUGGCGCUGUUGCUGGACCUGUUGUCACGAUGUCCAUCGCAUUCUUCCGGGCUCGUGAAGGUCUCAGGGUGCCUUAUCCGAGGACGUUCUGGGGCGGGUUGUGCUUUCUUUCGACGUUGCUGCUCUGCAUUGGCUUUGCGGCGAAUUCGUUUACGAUUUGGGAAGAUGAGAUACUUCUGUUCCUCCUGACGACCUUUGGCGUGGCAAUGCUGGCAUCCUCGCUGGGACAGGCUGACUCGACAGACCGGAACUUCGGCGCUGCGAACUCCCUCUCUUUCCUCGCCGCUACCCGCCUCAGCUCUCUUUCUCGCCUCUGUCGCGAAGAGCAGAUGCCGUACUGCGUCUCGACCUACUACGCCUCGGCCCUCUCGUCCACCUCCGCAGGCUGGCAGACCUUGAUUCCAUUCGUCGUCGCUCUCGCCCUCCCCUCCAUUCUACGCUACCACUACGUCCGAACGAAAAACUUCCAAGGCUCAGCCGUCAUCUGGAUCGCCCUCGCCCUCCGCAUCGCGCUGGUCCUCACAGCCGCCUUCUGGGUCCUCAACGCCGCGGACGACGGGGACUGGUACCCCUCCAUCCCCAAAGCAACGCUCAAAUCCUCCCGCACGGUCCUCGCACAGAUCGUCCUCGCCAUCGCCGCCGCGGCAGGCUACUCGACAUACAUCUGGUCCCCGCCACUCCUGCUCGUGCGCACCGAAGAACCCUCCUCCUCCUCCACCCCAUCCACCACUUCGACAAGCAAACCCAUCACCCCCAACCACCCCACCGGCGGCGCGAUCCUCACAACCAUCAACCCCACCCCCUCGACUCCACGCCCCAAACUCCUCAUCCUCGGCUACGCCAACACGCACGGCACACGCUACCUCCUGCUCCCCCUCAUCUACCUGCCCGCGCUCCUCCUCGUGCAAAAACCCAUGGGCCAAGGCGCCCUUGCCCUCUGCACCAUCUCCAUUCUCAACGUGCUCGAAGUUCUCGACGCCUGCAACCUGCGUCGCUCGCCCUUGGGACCAGUCCUGCUGGGAAUAAUGGGGUGUUUCUACUUUUUCAAAACGGGGCAUCAAGCCGCUCUUUCCACCAUCCAGUGGGAGACUGCGUUUAUCCCGUUGAAAACGAUCCGCUACCCUUGGUCACCCAUCUUAAUCACGUUGAACACCUUCGGUCCGCAGAUCCUCUGCGCCAUCGCCGUGCCCGCGGUCGCGAUGUGGAAGGUCCCGCCCAAGUCCCCCGGGUUACUGGGAAGGAUCGCGGGGGCUAUGGCGACGCAUCUCCUGUUCUACGCCGCCAUCACCGUAGCCACGGUAGUGGAAGCGGCGUGGUUGCGAAGGCAUCUGAUGUUGUAUCGCGUCUUCAUGCCAAGGAUGCUGAUGGCGGGUGUGGUGGUGUUGGUGGUGGAGGUGAUAGGGGCGGUGGUGGCGGUGGGAGGGGUGCGGUGGAGUGUGCAGAGUGUGGCUGGGGUGUUUGGGUGGGCGGAGGGGUAG